AUGGCUAUGCACAAGAUACCCGAUUACCCAAUCUACAUAGGCUCCCUACUUGCGCUUCAGGGCCAGAGGUCAAUCAAGGAAGCCGGCAUCACGCACAUUCUGUCGAUACUGCGGGACGACGUCGAACCUCGGCUCGUGGCGGAUUUCGAGCACAAGCAGAUCCAGCUCGACGACGACGAAGAGGAGGAUAUCCUUGGUGUAUUUAAUGAGUGCUUUGAGUUUAUAGACGAGGGGAUUGCGAAGGGUGGAAACGUGCUUGUUCAUUGUAUCGCAGGCAUAUCCCGAAGCGGUACGAUAUGUACCGCCUACAUUAUGCGAAACGAAAAGAUCUCAGCACCUGAAGCUAUAGAGAAGAUCCGUCAAAGCCGAAAGAUCGUGAGUCCGAACGACUCGUUCAGAGAGCAGUUGGAUAUUUUCGAGAAAGAUGGGUUUGUGGUCGACGACACGAAGGAAGGGUAUCGACGGUGGAAGUUGAAAAAGAAUGCUGAACUUGCAACGGCGGCUGGAUCGGCGCCUGUGCUGAAAGACUACUCUAGCACAUCAGAAGUUGACGGUAAAGCCACCGAACUGCGGUGUAAAAAGUGCAGAUGCCCACUAGCGACUACCAACACCGUCAUCCGCCACGAACCCCCAACCAAUCUCCCGCCGCCCAACACCAGAGCGUACUACGAAGCCAUUAAAGCGGGUCCAUACAAGACAACAGUUGGCCCUGGAAUGAUCUCGAUAAUCGGGCAGUCCUGCAUGCACUACUUUCUCGAGCCCAUACGAUGGAUGCAGCCUGAGUUGGAGCGCGGAGAACUCGAGGGCAAAUUCGAGUGUCCAAAGUGUAAAACAAAGGUCGGAAGUUACCGGUGGCAGGGAAUGAAAUGCACUUGUGGAGCUUGGGUGACUCCGGGGAUAUCGCUACAGAGAGGAAGAGUGGAUGAGGUCAGACCAUUUGCUUUACCGCGAGCAUGA